AUGAGGAAGGCCGAAGUGAUGAACGUUGGCCCGGCGGCCGUGCUGGGCCGGGGCACUGCGGGCCGUGCCCCGGCCGGGCUGGGAGGGCCAGUGAGCUCCCUGGACUGUGGCCCGCUGCUGGGGACGGCCCCGGCCCACUCGACUAAUGUUCUCAACAACAAUGUGGAGGCGAAUGGCCUGGAGGAUGCCGCUGCCAACAACAACAACAACAACAACAAUACCAAUAAUAACAACAAUAAUAAUAAUAAUAACAAAAGCAGCAGCAACAGCAACAACAAUAACAGCUCCAACACCAACACUAACAGCAGUAGCAGCAGCAGCAGCAGCAGCAGCCACAAGUCAGGUGGUGGGCGGCGCAAGGGGGGGGAGGGCUGGGUGGGAGGGGAGGGGGUGGAGCAGGGCUCGCUGGGCUACGUGAGUGAGCGCGUGCGAGCGCUGAGCAUCAGUGACAGGUCGCGGGGUGGCGGCAGCGGCGGCCACAGGUUUGGCUCGGCAGACCUGCGGGCGUCCUACAAUGAGCGGCUGCGGUCUGGCCCAGCCAGCCUGCAGCCCCCAGGCAGGGGUGGCCCAGGUCCUCGGCCUGGCCAGGAGGUGGGUGGGGGCUUUGUGUACCUGAGGGGACCGGUGGGGGGCGGCCUGUAUCGCAGCAACUCCUCCCUGGACCUGGACCAUGAGGGGGAGGAGCCACCCCCACCCUCACCCCUGCGGCGGGAGUACGGCUCCCACGGCUCCAUCAACGUGGCUGCUGCACCACCCGAGGCACUCUACUCCAUUCUGCGGGACCUGCAGCCGCCCACCCAGGCUCUGCGGGCUGCCCAGGGUGAGGCAGCGGGGGUGGUGGGGCCGGUGGAGGCGGAGGCCACGUCCCCCAAGGCACGGUCCAAGUUCCAGCGGCUGUGGGACCGUGACAAGUCAUCCAUCUUCAGGAAGCUGCGGUCCAGCCGGGGUGCGGAGGCCACCAAGGCCGACAACACCUCCGACUCCAGUGGGAGUGGGGCAGGGCGCACCCAGCGGCCAGCCGAGGCUAAUGGGGACUCAGACAGCCGGGGUGAAGACGUGCCGGCUGCUGCCCCAGCCAGGCGGUCAGCCUUUGCCCACUACGACUGCAGGUCGCUGGCCAGCCAGUUCAGCGCCAGCCAGACCCGCCAGCUGCUGGCAGAGCGCGUCAACACCACCACCGGUGCCUCAGCCGCUGCCAUGGCUGCAGCACCACACCACGACAGCACUGAGGACCUCGGCCCAGAGGAGCUGGACCCAGGGGACGGCCGCAGCAACACCCUCAUCAACAGCUGCCCCUUCUUCCGCAAUGAGCUGGGAGGUGAGGGGGAGCGUGUGGUGAGCCUCAGCAGGGACUGGGGCAGUGGCAGCGGCGGCUGUGGCGGCCCCAUGGCGGCCACCAACCUGCACCGGCCCGUCGCGGCCUCCACACUGGGUCUGCUGGAGCCACCCCCUGGACUGUCCCACUGGCAGAUGACCCUGUGUCCCUACGUCAGGAGUCCCCUCACCGUGGAGGCUGUGGACCAGGGAUCUGCCUACUACAGGAACUACUUCUGUGGCCAAGAACACCAGAAUUGGUUCGGCAUGGAUGACACGCUGGGACCGGUGGCCAUCAGCAUCCGGCGAGAGAAGGUGGAUGAGGGCAUGGACUCCACCCACAGCCUGCCCACCUAUCAACACCGCAUCAUUGUCCGGAGUGCUGAGUUAUUCAGUUGUCAAGGCACUGUACUGGAGGAGAGUCUUGGUCGGCCAUCUGGAGAGAAGGGGCGCAGUCCAGGAGUACGGGAGGCCCUGGAAUAUGUGUGCCCCCAGCUCUCCCUCAGCUGUCUACGUCUCGGCCAGUCAGGUCCCCACACAGAGGAGGCCCUGGCUAGGCUUGAUGAUCUGGGCAUACACAACAAAUUCAAGGUGGGCGUCCUGUAUUGCAAGGCGGGGCAGACCACAGAGGAGGAGAUGUACAACAAUGAGAGCGCUGGGCCGGCCUUCUCGGAGUUUCUGGAGAUGCUGGGACAGAGGGUCAGGCUCAAGGAUUUCGACAAGUACCGGGGUGGCCUGGAUAAGAAGACUGACUCCACCGGCCUGUAUAGCGUGUACAACCAGUACCGCGACGUGGAGGUGAUGUUCCACGUGUCCACCCUGCUUCCCUUCACCCCAAACAACCGCAAGCAGCUCCUCCGUAAGCGCCACAUAGGGAACGACAUUGUUACCAUAGUGUUUCAGGAGCCCGGUGCCCCUCCCUUCAGCCCCCGACACAUUCGCAGCCACUUCCAGCAUGUGUUUAUUGUGGUGCAGGCCAUCAAUCCUUGCACUGAAAACACGCAAUACAGAGUGGUGGUGAGCAGAUUCAAGGACGUCCCUCUCUUUGGCCCCAUGAUGCCUGAGGGGGCCACCUUCCCCAAGUCCAAGGCCUUCACUGACUUCCUCCUGGCCAAGGCUAUCAACGGGGAGAUGGCAGCUCUGCGUUCGGAGAAGUUUGCGGCGAUGGCUACACGCACACGGCAUGAAUACCUGAAGGACCUGGCGCUGAACCACUCCUCCUCCACCACACUGGACACCUCCACUAAGUUCUCACUGAUGGGGUUCUCUCGAGGCAGCAAGAAGGACAAGAGAGGCAUCAAGUACGUGCCAGACUCCUCAGUGCGCGGGGCCCUCUCCUGGCCAAUGACGGUGCACGAUGCCGCCCUGCAACAGAAUGUGGACUGUGUGCUGGGCGUGUCGGCGGACUCCGUGGUGGUGGUGGAGGAGGCAACGGCAGCUGUCAUAUUUGCCGCUCCAUGCAAGAGUGUCAUUGGCUGGACCCUCAGGCCACAGCAGGGGCUGCGAAUGUUCUACCAUCAGGGAGAGUGCCUUUUGGUCCACCUGCGGCCCGGGACCCCAGAGGCUGAAGGAGAGGAAGUGCUGGCCGAGAUUGUAGCCAGACUCUCGGCUGUCACACAGGGGGCCGAGACUCAGGAUCUGGUGCUGAGACGCAAUCCUGCUGGCCUGCUGGGGUUCAACGUGCAGCAGGAUGGGGUCAUCACCGAGGUGGAGCCGUAUGGUCUGGCGUCACAGGCUGGGCUGAGACAGGGAGCCAGACUGGUGGAGAUCUGCACGGUCACGCUGGCCACACUGUCCCAGGAGCAGAUGGUGGACCUCCUGAAGACCUCCAUGACCGUCACUGUCACCGUGGUGCCGCCCCACCCUGACGGGGCACCCCGGCGAGGCUGCAACGUCCCCACCUGUGGCUUCCUUCUGGGGGGUAGCGAGGGGGACUAUGAGAACCUCACCACCCCAGAGCAGCUCUCCUCCCGCAGGCACCACCACCACCACCACCAUCACCACCACCACCACCCGCACCACCACCGCAAGUCCCACCACAGGGAGGCACAUAGGUAUGACCGCAGCCUGUCGCCUCCACGUUCCAGCAGCAGUUCGGGCUACGGGACGGGCAGCUCCUCCCGCUCCUUCUCCGACCAUCCUGAACCCUCCCGGCCGCCUCCUCACUCCACCUCCACUGCUCACCCUGGAGACCGGCAGAACAACAACAGCAACAACAACAGUGGGGACUAUGAGGCAGCGGGGGAGGGGGAACGUGGCUGCAGCGGCGGCGGCAGCAUAGAGGCCACAGGAACCCUCUCCAGCACCAGCUCUGGCCACUCCAGCGACCAGUGGACUGAGCCUCUGGACGAACCCACAGACUCACCACCUCCACCGCUACCUGCCCGGUCUGCCCAGAGCACCAAACGACGUGGAGAAUUCUACCGCACCUACCACGGCCACACCACCUCCUCCACCUCCUCCCCAUCCACACACCACCACCACCCACACCCUCACCAGUACCCAUCACAGCCUCCACCAGCAGCAUCACCCACAUACCCAGCACUGCACACCUACUCUACCUACACCUCCAACUCCCCUGCUCCACAUGCAUCCACGUGCCCCUCCACCUCCCCCUCCCCCACCCUGGCAUGGCCCCACGUCCCUGAGCCCUCACAGGGAAUAGAGGAUGAUAACUAUGCCGUGCCUCCUCCCCAUCCUCGCCCCGUCACUUCUGCGGCCGUUCCUGAGGAGCCACUGCGACAGCUGCCCAGUGCCAGUGACUAUGACAAUGCUCCCCUGCGACCGAGUGAGGCAGCAGCAGCAGCAGCGGCGCGGGUGAGGAGCGGCAGUGAUCAUGCAGUGCCAAGUCCCCCGCCAGGUGUCACCCAGGGCCAGGUGAGUGAGUACCUGGCGUGGCGCAACGAGCGUCUGAACGGCAACAUGCGCUCCAGCAGUCUGCCCGGCCACCUGCCUCGCCCCCCCGGCCAGGAUGAACCUCCCGCUGCCGCCCUGGACCGCCUGCACCCAACACGCAGCGAAGACGAGCUCUCAGGUGGCAGUGGAUCCCCCAGCAGCCGUCACCAGCACCGCGGGGGAAGCAUCACCCCUUCCUCCGCCUCUUCCCGCAACCAGUCCCCGCGCACGGUGGCAGCUGAGGCCAGGCUGAGACAGGCGGCUGCCCCACGCAAGAACAGCCAACGAAACUCAGCAAAUCUGGGCGCCUCUUCUAACCUACAAGAGGAACUGUUCCGUCUGAUUAACCCAGACUACAUAUCAGAUGGGGAUGGAUCGAGGGAGGGCGCAGAGAGGCCCAGGGCGUAUAGUCUAGGUGUCCCUGCCCUCAGCCGUGGUGGUGGGAGCUCUGACAAGCCCUCAGGUAAGACAGGAGGAUCAGGAGGGAUGGGCGUGGAGCGUACCAACCCUUCCAUGCAUUUACUGAGCACCACCAAGCCUCCACCACCUCAGGGCACAUCCAUAGGGUACAGGGGACACCCACAGCAGCCUCACCCGGCCCUCAUCCGUGACAGUGCAGCCGACGGGCCGCCACAGACCUCCCAGCAGACUGAGGUGGCAGAGGUGGUUGUCUUGACAGCACGGCCAGCCACUGUCAUCUCCAACUCGUCCACGUCCAGCCCAGCACCAGCCAGUGAACAGAAGGCCGGGCCCAAUGCAGAUCACAGGAUGAGAGGGCAGGCGCACCAAGGGGACGUCAGCCUCAGGGGAAUGACACAGGAUAGCAGCAAGAUACACCCACGUCUGGACCCUCUGGAGGACAAGAAAGGUUCUGAGGGCAGCGAGUGGGACAGGGGCAGUGGACCAGGGCUAGACGUGGACCAGGAGUGGACGAGCCUGGUCAACACGGCUACCCAGGCCAUCGAGAAGAAUGUGGAGGUUGGGGGAGCACCAGCCAGGCCACCACCUCCUCCUCCAUCACAGUGGCCGCCCCACCACCUCCCCACACACAGCACCAGUGGGACAGAGACGCCCAUCCUGCAUGACCGCGUGGCACAGCUGGAGCGCCGCCUGGCCGAGGAACAGCAGCGGUCCGAGCAGCUGGAGGAUGAGGUGAGUCAGCUGCGUAACGAGAACCGCAAGCUGCAGGAGGACAGCCGCGCCGCCGCCCAGCAGUUGCACCAGUUCACCGAGUGGUUCUUCAACACCAUCGACAAGACGUGAUGCAGCGACCGGUGCUGCCGUCACGCCAUCACCAUGCCAUCACCCUAUGGUCCCGUAGCAGCUGAGCCACUCCUCCCCUCACCCCAGUAACCAGGGCAUCACCAGUUCGUCGUAUCACAGCUGCACCAGCACACACACUGUUGGGUCCCAGCAUCCGUCACAGGUCGGAAGGAGUAAGUUUGGUGUGUUUCGUGUCUUGUCACCUGCGUGUUUCAGCCAGAUUGCAUUCUCAGCCACCAGGAGAUAUACUACUAGGUGUCUAGGGCUACUCUCUGUACUUGUCUGUUGAAGUAUCCGUGUCAUGAACAGCCAUAUAGAAGGAUAUACUACUACUACUACUACUACUGCUAAUACUAGCUAACUAUUCAGUGGUUUACAUAUCAGUGUUUGGCACAUGUUGCCUGUUGCUGUCACUUUCUCAAAUGUUGUGUUGAACAUUGAGUCAGUCCAUGUCAUGUGUCAUUUCAUGUUUCCUUGGACAUCACAGUUCUGAGUGAUGCACAGGCCUGCUGAUGCCACGCCAGGCCAGGCCAGGUCAACACUUCCCUCCAGGGCAGGCGUGAUGGCAGUGUGUUCUGUGCAUUACUCAAAGUGUUUAGUUGAGCAACACUGGGUCUGAGAGUUGUUACACAUCUCCUGAGGGGCAUCAUGUUGUAUCAAGAGGCAUUCUCAAUACCAAAUUGGAUUAGAAUAAGAAUGUAACCCAGUGUGGAUACUGCCCACCUGGCUGUCCAUCACUGCCCAUCCCCCACCCACCCCGGGCUGCCUCUCACCCUCGUCCUGCCGUCCAGCGACUCGAGCCGGCAAGCCUACUUAAUUUUAACAGAGCUGAAAGUGCCUUUUUUUCAUUGUUACCAAGGUGGCGCUGCCCCUCCCCCCACCACAGGGCAGCACCACACCGCACCGCCCCGUGGCCACACGGGGAGCCGGGGCAGCGCCACCGUGCCCGUUAUAUUCCCCAGACGGAACUUCUCCGAGUGCCUCGUCUCCACACGUUGACUAAAGCCAAAGAGUGUUUUGUUUUUCCCUCCGGGGAUGAGAAAAUCUAUUAACCGCAAUGUACAAUAAACAAAGCGUUUAAGCCAAGUAACUGAAGGUUAGUAUUAAGACUCCAGCACCGCCCUGGACCAUCAGUUUGGUAAUGUUGCAGCAGCCGUGUGACUCAGUGAGUGACAGGUGUGUGUGUGUGUGUGUGUGUGGAAAUAUUCUCCUGGAAGCCAUUCUUGAUUUAUUUUCAUUAAUGUGUGUGUGUGUGUGUGUGUGUGUGCCUCAUUUUGGUUCAUGUGUGUAGAUGCUGCAACACUUAGCACUUUUAGGACUAGUAGAGUAUAUUGAUUACUUUUGUAUCAGUUUUUAUUUUUGUCUGUAAUAGAAAGUUAACCUAAACCAA